GCCUGCUGCUAGAGUCUAAACUAUCUGAGCUCAUUCUUUCUCCAUUUCUCCUCAGAUGACCCUGCUCCCACUUCACAGACAUUCAAAGGAAGGCCAAAAAAAGUGGGCUUGUCUGGUGUCAGCCUACAUGGGGCACUGACCGACCAGCUGCUUGCUCUCUUUUUCUGCAGAGACCAGUGGUCAAGGGCAUCCUGUUCAGUUUUCACUGGGAACUUUCCAGUCUUGUAGCUCCUCCUGAGGGUAGGGACCAGUCCUUUGGAACUCCAAAGCCCUAUAGACUAAUGACUGCUGGAGCACCCACCUUGCUUAGCCUGUCAGGCCCUGCUGAUCACAUGGCUGAGGGCAAAGGGACUUCUUUGAGUGCUUCAGUUGGGAAAAGAUGGAGGUUCACAGAAUCCAAGCAGAUCCAGCCAGGACUGCUCAAGAAAAUAGCUCUCCUGGACUCUGGAGCCACUGCAGGUAAGGAUGGCCAAGACAUGGCCUCUUCUGUGUCUACAGAGCAGAAGCAGGGUACCCUCAUAGAGCUGCCAUGUCUCCAGAAGAGGCCAGGGGACAUUCAAGCCCAGAAGAGGAAGCCAGAGGACCCAGAAGUCUGUCUUGGCACUGAGCAGCUGCCCUCAGGUCUCCCCAGAGCCUCAGUGGAUAGCACAGUGUGCUCAGUCUGGCGUGGAACAGCCCAGAAUGAGCAAAGAAGUGCUUUUAGCAAGCCAGCCAAGCGCCCAGCAGAGACGCCUAGGUGCUCCCCUAUGCUUCUGGCAGGAAAUGCAGAAGGCCCAUGGGAGCUCUCAGGACUCAUCACCACUAUGGACAUCCCAGGAUGGGCUCAGCUGUCCACAUUCAAGCUCAUGGGUGAUUUCUGGAGAUUGCACAUGUUGUCACAGAACAUUCUGCUCUGUAAUGCUUUCCAGGGGUCUGCCACAUCCUGGCUGGAUCACACCCAGGUGCAAGUACCCACAUCCUCAACGUCUUCUGCCUCAGCCUCUCGGGCUCUCUUGCCUCCCACCCUCUCCUCCCCAGGCCUGUCCACUCAGAACUGGUGUGCUAAGUGCAACCUUGCCUUCCGUCUGACAGCUGACCUGGUCCUCCACAUGCGCUCCCAUCACAAAAGGGAGCAUGUGGGCCCCGAUCCACACUGUAAGAAACGGAGAGAGGAAGUUCUCACUUGUCCCAUUUGUCAUGAGUACUUCCGGGAGCGCCACCAUCUUUCCAGGCAUAUGACUUCACACAGUUAGUAGGUGGCUAAGGAAAACCCCAAUGGCCGUAGUAUUC